AUGUAUAUUAAAGUAGAUAUGAAAAAUGUUGUGCCAAAACACUUUUUAAUUAAAAAUUUCUAUGGAAAAGAUACGUGCUUUGUAUGGAGUAAUGGCGAUGAAUUUCUAAUUUUUCCUUACAUUUACGAUGGUUCGACAGUUGUAUCAAAGGUGCUAAAAGCUCCAGAUAAAAUAAAGGAUAUACAUGGACUCAAUGGAAGAAUUUUUGUUUUAUGUUUACCAUGUGGUAUUUACAAACUGACAGAGAAACUUGAAUGUGCUGUACUCAGUGAAACAGGACUUGAACUAGUAUCAAGAUUUUCUGUACUCUCACUAAAUAAUGGAGAUUUAAUUUUAACAGAUAAAAAAUUUGAGAGCAUUGUGAAACUUUUAUCGUUAAGUGUCAUUAACAAUAUUCAUGUGUUGCCAUUGCAUUACAAUGACACUGAUAAUAUUUUUUACAAAUUACUCUCAGUUAAUGAGUACAAUGAUGAUAUAUGUUUAUUAGCAGUAGAUAAAAAAUUGUUUAAAUUGGUUAAUCAGAGCUUAUACUUGAUAUAUGAAUCUGACUACCCAAUCAAAAAAAUAGUGGCUAUUGAAAAAGAAAAUAAAGUCUUUGGUGCUCUUUUACAAACUGAUGUACAAGCUGUUGUUUUAAUACAUGCUACUACAAAUAUAUUACACUUUAAUACACUUUGUCUUGACACAAAUAUUGAAUCCAUUUGCCCAAUUUUUUGUUCAAAUAUACAAGUGUUACUUAUCUAUUCAUGUGAUGGGAAAACAUACUACACUAGUGUAUUAUUGACAAGAAAUUUAACCAAACAGAUUAAAGUGGAAAACAAUAGAUUGUUUCAUAUUCAAAUGAAAUCCAAUUUUAUAAUUAGUCUUGAUGAUUCUGGCCAGCUGAUUCAAUUUCCAAUAGAAGAAGUAAUAAAUUUAUGUGUAGAAAAUUCAUAUGAUUAUGUGGGAUUGCAAUCAGACAUGCUAAAGGGAUUAGAAAGUGUGAUUAAUGUCAUAUGUGAAAAAACUGAAAAGUUAAAAAUUUUAAGACAUGACAUAUUGCAGAAAGAAGAUUGUCUAAAGAGAAUAAAUAUGUUUGUUAAUAAACAUACCUUAAAGUACUGUCCCAAAGAUUCUGUAUUACGGUUACGAAAUCAUUUAUUUUUAAUUAGUAAUUUUGAGAAAAGUUUAUUUGAGAAUUGUAUUGUUAUUAAAGUAUUGAAAAGUGGAGGGAAAGUGAAUUUUUUAAUGAAAGUUGUUCAUAACUAUGAUACUAUCAUUGAAAUGCCAAUUCAUCUUUCAAAUUUGACAUCGAAAUUGCAAACUGCAACUGAUCUUAUAACAUUUAAGAGAAAUAGCGGACUUUGGUGUUUGAUUAAAGACUACAUUCAAGAUCCAUUGCCAAGUAAAAGUAAUAAUACUAUUUUGUCAAACAACAUACUCCAAAUUAUUAAAUAUAACUUGGUUGUAUUGAAAAACUUGAUACAAGAUAACAAACUCAGUAUGGAAUGUCUGUCUGAAAUAAAAAAAACUAUUCGAAAUGCAACAAAAUAAAAAAAUGUGUU